UGUUGUGAUUUCUCUCCAGAAAACCCUGCUGAUCCAGUUGUACCUGAAAGCCUCUGACGUCUGUGUCAAACCAGUGCAUGGACUGAAGCAGCCUGCAGGUGUCAGUCAUGCAGCUUUAUGUGUCAGUGUGGCUGUCAUCACACACCACUGCAUUUGCUUUUGUCGUCUUCCAACCCGUACAUGUGUCACCUGAUCCUUUGCUGUGAAGAAUAGGAGGCGGAGCUUUCAGAUUCCAGGCUCCUCACCUUUAGAACCAGCUGCCAGGGGGAUGGCGGGGGAGGGGUUCAGGAGGCGGACACUUUCUCUAUACUCAGUGUUGGACCUAAAACCUUGUCUGCCUCUGCAGGCUGUAGUGGAGGGACAUGGGGGGGGCGAGGGCCACAGGGUGUGACACACCAAGAGUGAGAUAAAUAAACCUUCUAAAAUUGAUUGGUGCAAUUUAAUUAUUGACAUUACAAGUAGUGAAAGUAAGAAGUAAGAACUGUCGGGACGUUACGUCGAGGUGUGAUGGUGUCGUUUUCAUUUAAAAAAUAUCUUUCUUCUGGACCUGAAGUAAAACCAGAGACUCCUCCCCUCUCUGAUGUCACUAACAUCAGCUCCUCCCAGCAGUCAGCCUCCGACACCUCCACCUGCGACAGGCUCAGACUCCAGGAUCGUUUUCCAAGGACAACAUCUUGUCCGCUCUCUCCAGGAGGUGUUCUGUUGUUGUGGUUGGCGUCAUGUCGGUCUCUGAGCUGUUCCUCCAGAACUCCACCUGUGUCUCCCUGUCUGCUGCUCUCCUGGUCCUGCUGCUGGUUUACCUGCUCUCUAACUCUGCCUUCAGGUCCCAGGUGACCAGGAAGGAGCCUCCAGGACCCAGACCUCUGCCACUGCUUGGUAACCUGCUGCAGCUGGACCUCAAGAGACCGUACAGAACCUUCCUGAAGCUCUCCAGGACCUAUGGCUCAGUCUUCACUGUUUACCUUGGACCUAAAAAAACUGUGGUCCUGGCUGGAACCAAGACGGUGAGGGAGGCUCUGAUUGACCACAGUGAGGAGUUCGGAGAGAGAGAACCAAUGAGGAUUGUUAAAGAGACCAGUCAGGGAUGUGGGAUUAUUUGGUCCAACGGAGAGUGUUGGAGGGAAAUGAGACGCUUUGCUUUGACCAACCUGAGGGAUUAUGGGAUGGGGAGAAGGGCAUGCGAGGACAAAAUCAUCGAGGAAUGUCAGAAGCUCGUGGAGGUGGUGAACAAGUUCAAAGGUGAGGCCUUGGACACCACCAAACCUCUGAACUACGCCGUCUCCAACAUCAUCUGCUCCAUGGUCUACGGCAGCAGGUUCGACUACGAUGACGUGGAAUUCACCUCAAUGGUGGACCGGACCAACAGAAUCAUCCAGCUGGCCGCCUCUCCUGCAGUUCAGUUGUAUAACGCGCUUCCGUGGAUCGGGCGAUUUUUCAACGACGUGCGAGAAAUGAAGAAAUUGUCAAAGGACAACCAGACGCAGACCUUGGAGCUGGUUGGUCGUCUGAAGCAGACUCUGAAUCCACACGUGUGCCGAGGGUUAGUCGACAACUUCCUGCUGCGACAACAACAGCUGGAGAAAUCCCAGGUAACCAACAGUCAGUUCCACGACUUCAACCUUGUCACGUCAACCAUUAGCCUCUUCGCUGCUGGCACUGAUACGACGUCAACUACACUCAAGUGGGCGCUGUUGCUGAUGGCUAAAUAUCCACAAAUACAAGACCAGGUCCAGGACGAGCUGAACUCCGUGGUAGGAAGUCGUCAGGUCCAGGUUGAAGACAGGAAGAACCUGCCCUUCGUCGACGCCGUCAUCCACGAGACUCAGAGACUGGCCAACAUUGUCCCCAUGUCUCUGCCUCACAGAACCAGUCAGGACGUCACAUUCCAGGGCUACUUCAUCAAGAAGGGAACCUCCGUGAUUCCUCUGUUGUCCUCUGUUCUGUACGAUGACAGUGAGUGGGAGGAUCCUCACUCCUUCCAUCCAGCCCACUUCCUGGACCAGGAUGGAAAGUUCAUCAGGCCAGAUGCCUUCAUGCCUUUUUCAGCAGGUCGCAGGGUUUGUGUGGGAGAAGCUCUGGCCAGGAUGGAGCUCUUCCUCUUCUUCUCCACCCUGCUGCAGCGCUUCCGUUUCACACCAGAACCUGGAGUCUCAGAGGACGACCUGGAUCUGACCCCGCGCGUGGGCUUCACACUAAGCCCUGCUGACCACAAACUCUGUGCUGUCACUCGUAUGUAAAGAGUACGAUUUAAAAAGAAAAAGAAAAACAAAUGCAGCACAACAGAUUGAUCAACUGUUAGAGGAAGGUUCAGAUAAAACUGUGAAUAAACGUGGACUACGUUCUCAUGGUCUGACACAGA